UUGAGUUGAGUUGAUUGUCAGUUUUCAUACACAUCGGGUUUUUCUCCCAUUUCUGCUUUUUAUUGUACACCAUUUUUUCCUGAGCUUCCUUAGGGUUUUAUUGGCUAGUACCAUGGCUUCUUUUUCCGGUAAUGAGCUAACGAAUGAACAGAUCGACGAACUGCGGGAUGCCUUUGAGCGCUAUGAUCUGGACGCGAAUGGCACUUUAUCAGCCAAAGAUGUGCGUCUGGCUCUGAUUUCAGUGGGUUACGAAAUCACUGAGGCGGAGCUGUACGAUCUCAUUCACUCGGUGGCCGUAAGUGAUGGGCAGGAACUGGAUUUGCAAAAAUUUAUGCGCAUGAUGGCGCCCCGUAUGGCCCACGUGGAUAGUGAUCAAACUCUAUGCCGGACCUUCAGCAUCAUUGACCGCGAUCGCGACGGCUACGUCUCCGUCCAGGAUGUGCGUGCCAUCAUGGUCGUCCUGGGCGAAGUCGUAACCGAUGACGACAUUAAGGACAUCUGCCGCGCCGUCGAUAUGGAUGGCGAUGGGCGCAUAAGCCUGCGCGAUUUCAUAGGCUUCAUGCACAGCCCCAUUUGAACUGAGAGCGCAAUCAAAAUUUAAUGUUUUUCGUAACAAGUAGGCGUAAGAAAAUGUGUGUUUCAAAAUUCUACUUUAAAUUAUAAUACAAAUAAUUGUUUUCAUAAUUAUUCAUAGUUUAAGUUUAAUUUUAUAAUGGUUUUUAGUAGGGUUUCAUGUCUGAAGUACUUAAAAAUUGAAAUUCAAUACAUAGAAGUAAAUUUCUGCCUGCUGGCAAAAAAAACGAAGGCGGCUGAAUGGAAAACGGAAUGGAAAAAUUGAGAGCAUAAAGCCAGAAAUUAAUUCAACAGCACGUUUCGUCCAUUAAGCCGCCAGAGCUUUGCUUGCUGACUUUGCCAUCCUUUCGCCACCGCCCCCUGCCACUCCCCCAUGCAGGACAUGGACAUGGACACAUGUGCAAUGGCCGCAUACACAAACACACAUGCAAAGUGUUGUGUAAACAAGUCAGCUGCCAGUUGGCUGGGCGCUGCAGGCGGUGAGGCGAGAGCUAGAAGAUGAAGAAGAAGCUUAGCCAGAAGGAACAGGCAGCGGAAAUCAAGGUGCCACGCCCCCUUUUGGACCCGCCCAUCGGCGUCCAAUUGUGCUUUGUUUGCUCCCCGCUGGCAGGAGCUGACCAAACCACCUUGACCCAUUGUCGUCGUGAGUGGCUUUAAUAUUUUUCAGCUGACGCUGCUCUUAAUGAAAGCAAGAAAUGAUGCCCAGCGCUGUCGCAUCUUAUUCUCGUUUCCGCUUCCUCUGAUGCGUUCGCCGCUAGGUCUGUGCACUCAAAACAAAUGCUGUGAAAUCGGAAAUGUGUCGCAAAAGAUAUAUGAUAAUCUCUAGAAAAGUGCCAGCAAAAAGCUUUUAAUGUAACAGAAAUUACUUGAGUUUCCAAGUCCAUUUAGAAGUUAUUCCAUAAAACUGUUCAAUGCCUUCAAUUA